AUGAAUAUAGCCACUGCUGCUGACAUGGUAGUGAAGUCUCGGCGUGGGCCGCCACACAGACAACAGACAGGAAAGCUGUAUUUAGUUGACCUGGCUGGUUCAGAAGACAACCGGCGCACAGGAAACCAGGGCAUCCGUCUGAAGGAGAGUGGAGCCAUCAACCUGUCCCUCUUCACCCUCAGUAAAGUGGUGGACGCUCUGAAUGCGGGGGCUGGGGGCCGCGUGCCCUACAGAGACAGUAAACUCACCCGUCUGCUGCAGGACUCUCUGGGUGGUUCGGCCCAUUCUGUCAUGAUCACAAACAUCGCACCGGAGUACAGAUACUACUUUGACACCUUCUCAGCCCUUAACUUCGCCGCUAAGUCUAAGCAGAUUGUCAAUCGGCCCUUUGUCAGGGAAACUGUUUUGGCUCCUACGAUUGCUCCUGGAAAGAGAGUCAGAGAGGAACAGGAGGCUGGAGGUUCUGGUGAGCCUCAGAACAAAAAGUCUAAAGAGGGAAAGAAAGCUGAACAGUCUCCAUCACCUCCCGUACAUCCACACAGGUACGACAGCUUGUUACAACAGCUGAGGUUUUCUGCUGAUAAGGUGGGUCAGGGGAAGGAGAACGGAGGUGUGGAUCGUCCCCCUGCUGAUGAGGUCAACUGGGAGUCCCAUCUGGACUCAGCAUUACUAGAGCAGUCCAGGAAGAAGAUCCUGCAGACGCUGAACGCCGGCUCUCUGAAGGAUCUCAAGAGCCUGCAGCUGAUCGGAGACAAGAAAGCCAAACUGAUCAUGGGCUGGAGAGAGAUUCAUGGGGACUUCACACAGGUGGAAGACCUGAAGCAAAUCGAAGGCAUUACAGCUAAACGUUUCUCUUCUUUCAUAAAGGUUUGUGGUUUGUGUCGGUAAUGUCUGUGUCUGCUGUGGAUCUUUUAAUAAUGUGUCUAG